AUGGCAGUGCUGCUGGAGACCACGGUGGGUGACCUGGUCAUCGACCUGUACACGGAGGAGCGGCCCCGUGCAUGUCUGAAUUUCCUGAAGCUCUGCAAGGUCAAGUACUACAACUAUUGUCUUAUUCAUAAUGUCCAGCGGGAUUUUAUUAUACAAACUGGUGACCCCACGGGAACUGGCCGUGGAGGGGAAUCCAUAUUUUGUCAACUGUAUGGUGAUCAAGCCAGAUUUUUUGAGGCAGAAAAGGUGCCCAGAAUCAGGCACAAGAAGAAGGGAACUGUGGCAAUGGUGAACAAUGGAAGUGAUCAGCAUGGAUCACAGUUCCUCAUUACCACAGGGGAAAACCUGGACUACCUUGAUGGUGUACAUACAGUAUUUGGAGAAGUGACAGAAGGCAUGGAUGUAUUGAAGGCAAUUAAUGAAACCUUUGUAGAUAAGGAUUUUAUCCCAUAUCAGGAUAUCAGGAUAAAUCAUACAGUGAUUUUAGAUGAUCCCUUUGAUGAUCCACCUGGCUUGUGUGUUCCUGAUCGCUCACCAGAACCUACAAAUGAACAGCUUGACAGUGGCAGAAUAGGAGCAGAUGAAGAAAUUGAUGACAUGAAAGGACGGCCUGCAGAGGAAAUAGAAGAAGUUCAGGCCGAAAAAGAAGCAAAAACUCAUGCUAUUCUUCUGGAAAUGGUGGGAGACAUACCAGAUGCAGACAUCAAGCCACCAGAAAAUGUUCUGUUUGUUUGUAAACUGAAUCCUGUGACCACAGGUGAAGACCUGGAGAUAAUAUUUUCACGAUUUGGUCCCAUUAAAAGUUGUGAAGUGAUCCGAGACUGGAAGACUGGUGAAUCUCUUUGUUAUGCUUUCAUUGAGUUUGAAAAGGAGGAAGACUGUGAGAAAGCCUACUUCAAAAUGGACAACGUGCUGAUAGAUGACAGACGGAUACAUGUGGAUUUUAGCCAGUCUGUUGCAAAGUUUAAGUGGAAGGGAAAAGGUGGGCGGUAUACCAGGGAAGAUUUCAAGGACUAUGAGAAGGAAUGUUAUAAACCUUCGAAAUUUGCCCUGAAAGAAAAAGUAAAACCAAAGCAAGAUGCCAAGUAUGACCUUGUGCUGGAUGAGGACAUGGAGGAGUCUCACACAAGUCAGUCACACUUGGCUACAAAACCGAAGAAGAAAAAGCACCACCAUUCUGAAGAAGAUGACAAGAGGACCAAAAAAUCUAAGGAGUCUGACCAAAAGCACUAAGAACACUGUAGGGAGAGGACCAAGGGUGAGAAGAAAGACAGGCAUUGGAGUCACAGCCGUUAUAAGGAGAGAAAUUACACUUACAGUAGACAAAAACACAAGUACAGAUGAAGGACAAAGCAGAGGGGAACUAAAAUAAUAAAUGUAACUUUUUUCUUUAAAAAGUUACUGCAGCAGCCAGGCCUCAGUCUGUAGGCAGAAACUUUCUCUUGUAAUUUUAAGUUGUUUCCUAAGGUUCUGUCUAUUAAAUCACUGUCUCCAUUCAUGGGAAGGAGAUGUGUGUUGUUACCAGUUACUGUGUGUUUUGAUCUGUCCCCUGUUCAUGGGGAAGAUAAGCUCUUGUGAAGUCCUGUUCCACACUGAUAUUAAUAAAGGUUUGCUUGUAGGUAUUUAGGGAAAGCCUCCCAGUCAAGGCUGGGGCCUUGGCCAAGCCCUGGCCCUGGCUGGUUGGGAAUUAUGCCAUCAGACCCAGGUGAUUGUAUUAAAAAUGUAAUCAGGUCACUUUGACUUGCUGAUUUCCUCUUAUAAAAGCUGGAGCCCCUUUUGAGGUAAACUUGGAAACCUUUCCUGGGAAAGGUUUUCCCAUCCUCAUUGUGAAAUGGGGAGAAUUCUCUCCCCUCAUGGAGAGGGUCCUGCUGGAAGCUGCCAGACACCUGGACAAUGUGUCAUCACCCCAUGUAAGGACAUUAAAGAAGGCGUGUUGCUGACGUGGCAAUGUGUGAUAGGUCCC